AAGGUCGUCUCACUGCCAGAGAAUAGAACUUCAAGGUACGGUGAACAAUCCUUGAUUACCAGAAACGGAGGGUUGAUAAAGCUGCAGCAGAGAGUUCUUGGAAGGAUCAGUCUACAAGCAGACAUCAGUACUGAAAAGAACUGAAAGAGAUGUAUCAUCAUCAACAACAGCUCCAGAGCCACAACCAGCUCUUGUCUUCUAGGCAGACUUUCCCUUCAGAGAGGCACUUACUUAUGCAAGGAGGAAUUAUUCCAGGAGAGUCAGGGCUUGUACUCUCAACUGAUGCUAAGCCUAGGUUAAAAUGGACCCCAGAGCUACAUGAUCGUUUCGUGGAGGCAGUAAAUCAACUCGGCGGACCAGAUAAAGCCACCCCGAAAACUAUUAUGAGGCUCAUGGCUGUCCCUGGACUAACAUUGUAUCAUCUUAAGAGCCAUCUCCAGAAAUACAGACUCAGCAAAAAUCUCCAUGCUCAAGCCAAUGUCGGAAAUUCAAGAAAUGCGGUAGGCUGCACCAUAGCAACAGAGAAAUCAUCUGAAGGAAAUGGAUCGCCAGUCAGUCACCAACUUAAUAUGCAGACAAACAAAUCAAUGCACAUAGGUGAAGCCUUACAGAUGCAAAUUGAAGUGCAGCGACGACUACAUGAGCAACUAGAGGUACAAAGACACUUGCAACUCCGAAUUGAAGCACAAGGAAAAUACCUACAAUCGGUGUUAGAAAAGGCACAUGAGACACUUGCAACGCAGAAUACUGGCUCGGCUGGUCUAGAAACUGCAAAGAUGCAACUGUCAGAAUUGGUCUCCAAAGUAUCGACAGAAUGCCUCCAUAAUGCUUUUACAAGCUUUGAGGAGAUUGAAGGAUCACGAAUGCUACAAAGGCAUGCCAUGCAACCCGGUGAUGGAUCAGUUGACAGCUGCUUAACUGCAUGUGAGGGCUCGCAGAAAGAUCAAGAUAUCCUAUCAAUUAGCCUCUCUGCUAAAAAAGGAAAGGAGAUAGGAGGCAUGUCACUCGGUUUGCAAAUGAAAGAAAGAGGACACGAUGAUUUAUUUCUAGAGAAGCUAAGCAGAAGGCCUCCAAACCACCAAGAAGGGCGUGAGAGGAGAGACAGCUUGAGCAUGGCAUGCCAGGCAACAAAAUUGGAUCUAAACAUCAAUGGCACAAAUGAUGGGCCUCGGAACUGCAAGAAAUUUGAUUUAAAUGGGUUCAGCUGGACCUAGACAGCAAGCGAGUGUGCCAUUUCGUAAUAGUGAGAUCAUGUGUGACCUAAUAGCUAUUCUGUUGACAUUCCUCCAUUUCAAGCCUUUGCUGUCAGACAUCACAAUUCACCGGAAUAAGCGAUGGAACUGACAACUAGAUGCUUCUUGCAAGCCACCGAAGUAGCCGGUGUAGAUUCCGGGGAAAGUAUUUGAGAACUUGGUGUUCUCCUUUGAUAUAUGCUUUGUUGUGAUUCUGUACCAUAGGACAGAAAUAACACGAUUUUUUUUGCAA